GCGAGCGGCCCUUCAAGUGCAGUCAGUGCGACAAGGCCUUCAACCAGAAGAGUGCUCUGCAGGUCCACAUGGUCAAACAUACUGGAAAGAAGCCCUUCAAGUGUGAGGUGUGCAGCAUCAGAUUCACCCAGAAGAGCAACAUGAAACACCACAUGAAGAGAUCCCACGGCUUCGGUCAGAUCCAUGAUGUGACCCUGGGCGAAGAAGAAUCAGUGUCUCAGGUGGAGGUGACGCCCGACCUCGACCUGGAGGUGGUUCCUGAAUCAUCCGAAGACUGGCACCAUGUCUUCCCCUGACAACCCCCCCCACCCCCCCAAUUCACUGUUCAAACAGAAAAGCCUUGCCAAACAUUGUCCUCCUACCAAAAGGCUUAUUCGGUUAGAAAAAGAUUGAAGACUCCACUGUUUGCCGUGGUAGCUGCCCCCGUUCUGUUCGUCCAAAUUAGCAGUGGAGUGAGGGGAGUCUGGUUCCCUGUGGUGGGCUUAAUGACUUUUAUCUGUUUGGCUCUGAUUGUCAUCAAUAUAAUAACCUCCGGAGAGCUUUAGCUCAACAAACAGAGAAUUCUCCAGAAGAAGCAGGUCCCUAUCGAGCUGACCCUAUUGGACGGAGAGGAAACUCGAUUCGGAGGAAAAGCUCCCCAUGGACAAUUGUUUUUUUCAUUUUGUAUGUGCCCACAGGAACAAACAAAGCUACAAACAGCUAUGUCUACAAUAAUUGUCACUUUUUUUACAUAUUUGUGCCGUCCAUAUUUAUAUUUGAAGUAAAAGGUAAUUUGCCGUUUUGUUACGUCGUUGUUGCACAUGUUGGUCGAGGUUCUCUGGAUCUUAUACGAGGUUUUUUGACUUGAUGUCAGUUUUUGGGUGUCUUGUUCAUAUCUUGAAGACUCACAGCACUGAUAUUUUCUUUUGCUGUUGUUCAUUCUGUAAAAAGUGUAUUUAGAUUGUUUAUAUUUUUUUGAUGAACUGCCAUAACAUGGAGUGUUUGGAAGUAUGUCAUUUGAACAUAAUAUUGCAUUUGUAUUGAAGCUAAGCCAAUGUACAGAUGCUUUUUUUCCCUUCUUGUUUUUGCAGUUGAAUUUUCUAUUGUUCAUAAUA